CAUUGUUUUUUUUUUUUUGAAUAUAGAACCAGGGUAGCAGGCUUUGGUUGAAACGUAAAAAAUGAGCACUUACCAGCAAAGCAGCGAGGGGAAAUUUAUCCCGGCCACAAAGCGUCCAGAUGGCACUUGGCGCAAGGCGCGUCGUGUAAAAGAUGGGUACGUGCCGCAGGAGGAGGUGCCGCUGUACGAGAGCAAGGGCAAGCAGUUUGUCGCCCAAAGACAGACUGGAGUGCCGCCUGGCAUGUGUCCCAUUCUGGCGGCAGAGUCAAAGAAAGAGCGCGAGAAGCAGGAGAGGACGAGAACAAAGAAGCUGGACAAGGACAAGGAAGGAGUUGCAGUUGCCCUAAGUGGCCCCAGUGGUUCCAGUGGCGGGUCGCCGCUUAAGGUUUGCCAACCUUCGUCUGACAGCAAGACGAACGUCAAUGUGAUAUCAAACGCUCUGGCGGAGAAAUUGAAGCUUAACGUACCCGAAGAUGGCGAUACUGAGAAACAAUUAAAAAAGCUUCGCAAGAAAAUCCGCGAAUUCGAACAAAUCGAGAGCAGAAUUCAGGCCGGCGAGCAUAAAAAGUUGGACAAAGACCAGCUCGACAAGGUAAAAAAGAAAGCCGAAAUGCUAAAGCAGCUAUCGGCAUUGGAAAACAGCGACGCAGUGCAGCCAAAGCCACAAUCAUAGCGAAAUAUCGAGCUCAACUCAACUCUGCCUCAGCCACCAGGCAUUUCUAAUGUUUACACUUAAAUUUAAAGAGAACACACUGACCUGAAGAUGUCGCGCCGCUCUGCCCGGAAACACACAAACCAGCACACCACACUCACUUAUGGAUCAACCUUUUGACACUGCUCAUUAGUACAAUCCACCUGGAACCCCGCAUCCAACGGAGUAGCCUCUGGUCUACAUUUGUCCAUGUCGUGAGCUUGCAAUAGUUCCCUGAUGUAUUGCGAGUGGCCUAUGGUGAUAGGCCCAAGCUCACCUUCACGGUGCAACUUCAUGCUUAAAAACAGCUCUGGAACACCUUUGUCGAUACAUUCGAACGCAUUUGAAAUAGCCGAUUUGAUACCGAGCAUGUCCUCUUUGGACUGACAUGCUAUAAGUAAAUCGUC